AUGUGCAGGCACAGUGUUAUUGUUUCAGCGCUGCUCCACCAUCGCUACGGUUUGCUGUUAGCAGUCAGGGCUACGUUUGCCAGCACAACUCCAGGCCAAAGAGAGUAUUCAGACACUGUCACAUUCGCACACGGCAGAAUGGAAUCCAAAAUCACCCACGUUAUCGAAAAUCUCGAGGCUUCCAGCGACUCCAAUGGCUGCCUUUCUCAGGCUAAUAGGAACGGGCUCGACUCCUUGGGAGCAUUGCUCAAAGAAUUGAUACCCUACAUAAACGACAAUAGUGUGAGUGAGAAAUCUCCGCUAUCGUCGUUCGUUGCGCUUCAGGACAGCUUCCAGUACAAUUUGACGGCCCUGCUACUCAAUGUCUACAAGGUCUCUGCCCCAGGGUCACCAGGGCUGGAGAACCAUAUCCUCAAGGCUAACACUUUGCUCCAGGGCCUUCUUCUUUUGCAUCCGGCCAGCAGGAAGUUGUUUUCCAGAAGGGAAAACAUGAACUUGAUAUUGCUGCCGCUCAGGAAAGCCAACAACCCUUCGAUCAAUCUCUCGAUUUCCCUCAUUUCGACGCUAGUCCACAUCCUAUUGAAGAACUUGGGCAAUUUCAGAAUGUUCGAGAAAUGCGGGGGUUGCACAACGGUGAUCGAGCACUUGAACUUGUUGGCACUCGAACAGCAGAACGAGCAGCAGCACCAGAGAAUAUCAGACGGUUCUGCCUCCCCUGCUACACAGCACGAUGACGACAACCCGAUCUCGAACCUGACCACUCUCUCUUUUCACACCGCCAUGUCCAACGAAACCAUCAAAUUGAGGGCAUCCCAGCAACAAGAUUUGAAUUUCAAGCUUAUCGAAUUCUUGAUUUUCUACCUUGUAGAUGAGAAGGAAGUGAAUUUUGAUGACGACACAAGCGCAUCCAAAUUAUCAAUUGGACUGAAGACCGACCUAUUCCGAGACCAGUUCCCGGAGAUUGACCUGCUAGUGGAAAAUUUGAAUGAAUUGAAGAACGUUUAA